GUUUCUACGGGGCGUACUACUAUACGGACAAAUAGGUUCCGAUGACUAUUACCGAUAAGAAUUUUGACAAGGACUCAGAGUCGUAUCAAAAUAUGGGCGGCACGGACAUGGACAAGUCGUACUCCGAAAAUUAUGCCUUCGAUGACGACUCAUUGGACGAUAAAACUUUGCUCAACGGGUCAAAUAACGAGAAUGGAAAUCAUGGUGGUAAAGAUUUGCAUCUGCCAGCUAUUGCAAAUUAUCUUGUUCAGAAUGGAACAUUAGAAGGCACUACUUUGAAUGAUGGAGAAGCUGGCGAACAAGGCCCCAUUUUACCAUCUCAUUCAAACUACGAAGAUCCGUCUGUUGCACAUGUUAAACAACUGAAGUACAACCAGAAUAAAAUUUUGCUUGACAGAGCCAUAAACUCAACUGUUUCUAUGUUCACCGAAUUUAAGGAAAACAAUAUCAAUUCUCCAAUACACUAUCCUAUUGAUCAAAUGAUUUCAAAUGGUUACGACUCAAAACUUAACUCGAUAUCUUCCAAAAGAGCCUUGAUGUUGCAAGAAGAAGAUGACAAUACCACUAAAAAUGUGAAAUUUGAUAUUUUGAAACUGGAAUUGAAAGUGGGUAUGAAGUCCUCAGAAAAUUUGCUAACUAAUUUGGAUGACAAUACUAUUUCGAUGCUCUUGGAUGAAAAGUUUAUGCAAAUUAUUCAUCACUUGAAAAAUCUCAAGGCCAGAAUUGAUGAUAUUACAUCAAAAGUGUUAAUCACAGGGGACUUGAACUCUGGUAAAUCUAGCUUUUGUAAUGCUCUUCUGAGAAGAAACGUUAUGCCCGUUGACCAGCAACCUUGCACCAAUGUUUUCUGCGAAAUUAUCAACUAUCAAGAAAACAAUUCUAUUGAGGAAGUUCAUGCAGUUCCAAUUGGUUCAUCUUACAACAUAAAGGAUGAAAACACAUAUAACAAGUUUUCUCUGAAAAUGUUGGACGAUUUGGUUUACGAGAAUGAUAAAUAUUCAAUUUUGAAGGUUUAUAUCAAUGACAACAGGAGUGUAGACGAAAGCUUGCUUAAGAAUGGUGUUGUUGAUAUAAGAUUAAUUGAUGCUCCAGGUUUAAAUCUAGACUCCUAUCAGACCAUGCAAUUGUUUUCCAGACAGGAAGAGAUUGAUUUGGUCAUUUUUGUUGUCAAUGCUGAGAAUCAUUUCACGCUAUCUGGCAGAGAGUUUAUCUCCAACGUUAAUAACGACAAAAAAUUCACUUUCAUUGUUGUAAACAAAUUUGAUUCCAUCAAAAGAAAAGACAAAUGUGUUGAGAAGAUCAUGCAGCAAGUUGGUGAUUUAUCUCCAGAAACUCAUAAAGACUCUGAUGAUUUCGUUCACUUUGUUUCAUCCUCUGAAGUCCUCAAUAAUAAAUCGCUACUGAGGGGUGGUGACGAUGGUCCAGGUGGUGAUCCAAACGAUCCUAAUGGUCCAGGUGGGAAUAGGCCUUCCGAUCGUAACUUUGACAGACUUGAAGCAUCAUUAAGGAACUUUGUGCUCGAUAAAAGAUCUGCAUCGAAGUUGCUACCUGCCAAGAAUUAUUUGACCAAGAUUUUUAAGGAAACUUUGCUGUUAGUGAAUAUGAAUAUUGACAAUUACAAGAAAAGUAAAGAGAAGUUGAGUACAGAAUUAAAUGAGAUCAAACCGAAGUACGAUGAAAUUGUGAAAAUUUCAGUUAAAGUGAAUGAAAAGGUCAUGACCAUAAUUGAUGAAUGCUCCGACGACGUUUAUUCCACCACAAGGGAAAAUAUAAACAAGACUAUUCAAAGUUUUGCGGAAGUCAAAGAGGUCGACAAAUCAGUCACGUUGUUCAACAUAGAUCAAUUUAUUCAAGCUACUAAGCUUAAGGUUGUUCAUGAUAUUUUAUCAUGUAUUGAGGAUUCUGAAGAUUACGCCAGACUACAAACAUUACAUUCGAUUCAAGAUAUACGAAGUCUGGGUAAAAAAGUUCUGGGUGAUGAAAAGUUACCGGAGCAUAAGUUCAAGCCAGAAUCAAUGUACUCCCAUAAAAGAGAUCAUCAACUCAAGAACCAGAUUAAUAUUAGCUUUGAGCUACUGGAUUUGAUUGACUUUGAUUCUAUACUUGGUUUCUUCAAAAGCAUUCAAUCACUUUUUGACUUCACCAAUAUUUCAAAAUUUUCCAAAAUCAGUAGUGAAGAUUUUACGUUGAGCUCAAUCCUAUCAUCGAAUGUUCUCAAGACUGGUGUUUCCAGUAUUUUGAUUUUAUAUGGCCCAAAGCUCGUUUCGGUAUUCACAGGGGUCAGUUCCAUCAUCAAACUCCCUAAAGUUAUCACGUUUACAUCUGUUGGGCUUUUAAUUGGAUAUCCUAUUUACUAUAUCGUCAAGGAAUCUCCAAAAACUGUACAUAAAAACAUCAUCAAAAAAAUCAAAUCCAAUUUAGUAAAAGAUGACUAUAUCCACUUGAAUAGUUUACGGAUAAGCAAAGAAGUGCGGAAAGUCUUGAACUAUCCUGCCAAAGAUGUCUCUGUUGGAAUCAAUGGGUUGAUUGAGAGAGAAAGCAAUUUGAAACUGAAACUAGUCAACAAAGUAAACCUUUUGAAGGGGAAUUUGAAAUUUUUACAAAGUUUGAAAGAGCGUGUUGAAGUCCAAAAACAAAUUGUUGAUGGAUUUGAGUUGGAAGUGGAUUAAUGGAUUGGAUCAAGGAAUGGUAACAAGCAUGUUUUUUUUAAGUAACGAAUUAUUUUUAAUGAGUAUAUAAUUUUCAAAGUAUUACAGGCUGAUAAUGGCUCA